UGCUGGUCGGAGGCGCUGCGACACCGACAACUGGUGCCGAAACCCGGGAUCCUCUCGCAAGCAACAGCUCGUGAUUCUGCCCUAAUAGCCCGAGUGCCGACUUAUGUGCCUGUGCCCGCACAAGUGCAGGAGCGGGACCUCCCUGUUGUCUUAUCCCGGCAGAAAAGAGACUUUGGAAUCACUGCCGCCAUGGUCGCUGCAGUAGCACUUUCAGCAGCCGCCGCUGUAGCUGCCACUGUUUCCCUGACUAGCUCCAUCCAGACAGCCAGUGCUUUGAACAACCUGUCAGCAGCAACAGCCAGCGCGCUCCAGACGCAGGAAGCCAUUAACGCUCACCUGCAAGCUGGAAUUCUCCUUGUAAACCAGCGUGUCGACCUGGUUCAAGAACAAGUGGAAAUACUGGAAAACUUAUUGACUGUAGGGUGUAUCCAAUCUUUACCGGGGUUGUGUGUUACUUCUUCUGCCUAUCAGAACCUGUCAGUAGCCGCUAACUUGUCUAGAGAGCUUAGUAAGCACUUAACUGGAACUUGGUCCUAUGAGUUUCACAAUCUCAUGCAACAGCUAUGUGUACACAUUUUGGCUGUAAAUACCACCCUGGUAAAAGUCAUAGCACUCCAAGCUUGGGUGCAGGGGCUUAUGCGGGGUCUCACUUUUACAAAACAGUGGGCAGGCCUGUUCUGCCUUGCAGUAUUGCUCUGCCUGGGCCUUGGAGGACUUCUCAGAUGCAUCCUUAAGAUGCGUGCAGACCAGCAACGCCAGAAAGUUGCCAUAGUGCAGGCCAUGAUGGCUUUAGAGUCUGGCAGCUCCCCUCACAUCUGGCUGAGUAUGCUAGACCGGUAG